AUGGAUUUCAGCCACGGUGUCCUUCACACACCCCAGUCCAUCGGCGCAUACAAAGGCUCUGCCGUCGACUUGGAUGGAUGCUCCUAUGUACGCGUGUACUGGGUCGAUCUGGUCAACGUUCGGCGAUGCCGGAUCGUGCCCCUUGCGCACUUCAAGGCGCUGUUAGAGGGCAGCCGGCCUGGAGUCAAUAUCGCGAAAGUCGUUCUCGGACUCGUGUAUCUCAAAAUGGCCCCAGGCUUCUCGCCUUGCGGGGAAUAUCUGUACGCGAUCGAUCUGCCUUCCUUGCGUCCGUUACCGUUUGCGCCGGGACAUAUGGCCGUGCUAGGGCGCUUUGAGGAAAAGGAGCCCUCUUUGGGGUCGAACGGAGAACAGUCGAUACAGGUCGACAUGUGCCCGAGGACUUUGCUGAAGUCUAUCAUUGAAAAGCUUAAAACUGCUACCCACACGGAGUUCCUUGUCGGCUUUGAGUCGGAGUUUACUUUGCUCGAGUGCACAGACCCGGUAAAGCCUGUGAGCGAUCAUCAGUUUGCAGCUUCAACGGCUCUCCUGGCCAACAGCCCCGCGGCCAUCGUCAUGGAGGAGAUUGCGGAGACUGUCCAAGCGGCUGGGAUCAAGCUUGAGAUGACACAUGCUGAAGCGGCCCCCGGCCAGUUCGAGGUCGUCACUGGGCCGCUCAACCCGAUGGAUGCCGCGGAUGCGUUGAUCUUCACGCGUGAAAUCAUCGUCCAGGUCGCAGCAAAGCAUGGUCUGCACGCCACUUUCGCACCCCGGCCAUUCAUGCGCAGCGUCGGUUCUAGCGCUCACGCGCACAUUUCGGUGCAUUCGGCCGACUCGGUCAAAACAGCCAAGAGUCUCUCACCACAUGAGGAGUCUUUCCUAGCGGGGCUGAUGGAUCAUCUUCCCGCCAUCGCUGCUCUCACGCUUCCCUCGCCAGGAUCUUACAAGCGGGUGGGAGACGGUGUGUGGAGCGGAGGAACCUAUGUCUGCUAUGGGACUGAGAACCGGGAGGCUCCAGUUCGUUUGACGAAUUUUGCGUCUCCUCGAUCCCGCAACUUCGAAAUGCGCUUCAUCGAUGGAACUGCCAAUCCGCACCUGGCUCUUACCGCUAUAUUCGCUGGCGGGCUGAGCGGGCUGAGUUCGAUGAAGAAGCUAGAGAUGCAAGAUUGCGGAGCUCGCAUGAGUGCAGCUGACAUGAUCGAAUCGGAACGUCAAGCGUUGGGGAUCAUUAGACGCAUGCCCACUACACUGGAAAAAGCACGGGCGAAUUUGAACGAGGAUUCUGUGCUCCAAGAUUUCUUGGGCAAAAAUUUCGUGGAGAAGUACUGCGUGCUGCUCCAAUCUGCACUGACUCCUGAAGACGAAAGUGAGGCGGAGCAAUUGACUCGUCUGGUGAAUUUCUAUUGA